AUGUCAGAAGGGAAUAAUUGUUACGUGUAUGAGGUUUUCAACAAUGGAAUGAAGAGAUCUGUAGAUUAUAAUUCAUCUUGUACACAUGAAGAAGCAGAUACAAAGAUUGUACACCAUAUGUGCCAAAUGAACACGGACUACCGAGUAACAGUUCGUUGUACCGAUUUUGACAUACCUAUAAUAAUUAUGUUAUCCAAUAUGGAAUUUUUAAUAAUAAAUGUAACAGGAAAGAAGAUACCAUUUGAUAUUUUAAAGAAUAACGAGAGAUACCAGGAAGACUUCCUGGAUCUUUUAAGAAUCCCUCCAUCUGAAAUGAAUACUUCAAACCCAACAUUUAAAGUCAUUGAAGAAUUUAUUUGUAAAAUUUAUUCCAUAAAAAACAAAAACGUCAACAUGGGGCGAGUUGACCUCUUCGAGAAGGCUUUUGAAAACAAAAAUCACGAUGAAAUGGCAACAAAAGCUCAGUUAAGAGAUCUCAAUGCAUCAAAGCUUUUAUGGACUGCUCCAGAGCUAUUGCGUCAUAGUAGCCUCCGUAAAAGAGGCACACAGCCAGGAGAUGUUUAUUCUUUUGGAAUUAUUUUACAAGAAGUAGUCGUUAGAGGAGAACCCUUCUGCAUGUUGGCUCUUACGCCUGAAGAAAUUAUAGAAAAGGUGAAACGACCUCCUCCUCUUAUACGACCCUCAGUAAGUAAAGGAGCAGCUCCUCCGGAAGCCAUCAAUAUCAUGCGUCAGUGUUGGGCCGAACAGGCGGAAAUGCGUCCGGAUUUCAAUACUGUUCAUGACCAAUUCAAGAAAUUAAAUCACGGCAGAAAGGUCAAUAUAGUUGACACAAUGUUUCAGAUGUUGGAGAAGUAUUCCAAUAAUUUGGAGGAGCUAAUUAGGGAACGAACUGAGCAAUUGGAUAUCGAGAAGAAAAAGACGGAGCAACUGUUAAAUAGAAUGUUACCUAGUUAUGUAGCUGAAAAAUUAAAACUCGGCAUGCCCGUUGACCCCGAAGAGUUCGAAGAAGUGACGAUAUACUUCUCUGAUAUUGUCGGUUUUACGACAAUUUCUGCCCAUUCAACGCCAUUUCAGGUGGUUGAUCUCCUGAACGACCUUUACACGUGUUUCGACGCCACCAUUAAUGCCUACAACGUUUAUAAAGUGGAAACGAUCGGAGACGCUUACAUGGUUGUCGGAGGAUUGCCAGUGAGGAUUCCCGAUCAUGCAGAACAGAUAGCAACAAUGGCACUAGAUUUACUUCAUCAAAGUGGUCGAUUUUGUAUAAGGCAUCUACCAAGAACUCCCUUGAGAUUAAGAAUAGGACUUCACUCGGGACCAUGCUGUGCCGGAGUGGUUGGAUUGACAAUGCCAAGGUACUGCCUUUUCGGUGAUACCGUCAACACUGCCUCAAGAAUGGAAUCAACAGGUCAGUUAAAAAUUAUUUUUAACGCUAUUUUAACUGUGAAAAAAGAGGGUGAUAUCGAAAGUAUUAUACCUUAUAAUGGACUAUGA